GACUUGACAGUGGUGCUUCUGCCGGUGCUGAACGCAGUGGAUAUCAGCCGGAUACAAAUUUGCAAAGAUGGCAUCUGCAACAGCGACCUAUGGCCAGAAGGAGUCUUCAGACCAGAACUUUGACUAUAUGUUCAAAAUCCUUAUCAUUGGUAACAGCAGUGUAGGCAAAACAUCCUUCUUGUUCCGCUACGCUGACGACUCCUUCACGCCAGCCUUUGUCAGCACGGUGGGCAUCGAUUUCAAGGUGAAGACCAUCUACAGGAAUGACAAGAGGAUCAAACUACAGAUCUGGGACACGGCUGGUCAGGAGCGAUACCGCACAAUCACUACAGCUUACUACCGAGGAGCGAUGGGCUUCAUCCUCAUGUAUGACAUAACCAACGAGGAGUCUUUCAACGCUGUUCAGGAUUGGUCGACUCAGAUUAAGACGUACUCAUGGGACAACGCCCAGGUGCUGCUGGUAGGAAACAAGUGCGACAUGGAGGAUGAGCGGGUGGUGAGUGGAGAGAGAGGUCGGCAGCUUUCUGAACACCUUGGUUUUGAGUUUUUUGAGGCCAGCGCCAAGGAUAACAUCAAUGUGAAGCAGACCUUUGAGCGUCUGGUUGACAUCAUCUGUGAAAAGAUGUCUGAGAGUCUGGAUGCUGGCGAUCCCGCCGUUACAGGAGCCAAACAGGGGCCCCAGCUGACAGAGCAGCCUGCUCCUCCUCACCAGGACUGCGCAUGCUAAAGCUGACAAACUCCCCAAACCUUCCCCUUUUGUCUCUCCUUCAGUUGAACCCUACGUCCUGUCAUCUGUACUUCCCCUCUUCCCCUUUCCAUUCCUUUUCCUACUUCUUUCUGUAGGAUCAUUGGCCAGUCUUCACAAGAACCAGGUCGAAAAGUGUCUGAAACACUCUGGGAUGCUGGAUUGAUGAUUGAGGUGCGUUUCCCUCUGGUUUCUCCUCAUAAAGGAACCAAUAGAUGGUGUUUACAUCAGGGUGUGGUUGAAGCUACAGCAAGUUCAGUCAAACCGGAGUGUUUCAAACGCUACAGGUUCUUAGAGGUUCCCGACCCAUCUACUGUUGUUUUCCCGUUUCUCAGUGUGGUUUUACAAGAAGGAUUUGACGGCGUACAUCCUCAGAGUGCCAUUUAAAUCCUUCCAAUGUUUACAGUACUGUGUUUAAUGUCAGUCAAAUGUCUUAAAAAGAUGCCAGCCUUCGAUUUGGUGAACAUGAAGGCCAAUGUGGCAUUUCACGUCGGAAUGACUAUUCAGCUGAGAUCUACUCAACAUCAGAGUGUUACAUUUUGUAAAUUAUUCUGGACACACACAGAAUCAUCAACACAUGGGCUGGUUUGUACGAUCCAGUUGUCUUUUGAACCCGCAUUUCCCAGUUGAGCAACAGAAGUUGUAAAAAAAAAAAAAAAAAAAAAGACAUCCUACAAAAACUCAAAGUCACUGUUCCAAGUUUAUACUUGGAAAACCUUCAGGACUCCUGAGAAUUGAACAUUUCUUAGUGCAGCAUGACAUGUUAUUGCAAAAUAAUCUUUCUGCAAAGCCUUUACAUUGUUUUUCAACAUGAAAUGUUGUGAUUGACUGAAACGCUGUUCUGAGGAAGUGGCACUAUUAAGAAAAUUACAUGAAUCAGAGUUAGGAAUUCCGUGUUCCUUGACAACUGGAGCGUACCAUUUGUUUUUGUUUUUUGUUUUUUCUUCUUUUUUGCUGGAUUCAGUAUCUUAUUACAUACAGACCACUGUACAAUUUAGUUUUUGUUUAUUGGUUGUUUUGUUUUGUUUUUUUUUACCAUACAUCUGAACUUUUUUCUUUCAAGCUUUUUUUUUAUGAUUUUGCAUAUCUUCAUCAAGCUUUCUUUUCAUAUUCUAGUGCCCUGUUUAUUAUUUUUAUACAUUAAAAACACAGGGUGGGGAAAAUAUGAACAAACUAUAGCUGAGUGAAAAAAUAGCAAAAAAUACAAAACAGACUAAAA